CCUGCAGAACGCCAGACUGCAUUUUUCGGCGCUGUGCUAUCAAGCGCUCCCAUCACGGUUUGGUUAGCUGAUUGCGGGUGCUUUCCUUGGGCAUCAUGUACCAAAAUGUCAUCAUGUCUUAGAUUUAUUCGCAUCAAACGCAAGCACAAUAAAGAAAUAUAUCUUGCUCUAUUAGGAUUAGACAAUGCCGGAAAAACAACAAUAGCACGUACUAUCAGAGGGAUCUCCAGCGGUCCCAUCACACCUACGAUCGGGUUCGAUCGAGUCGAAUUCACUAUCGAUAGGUUCAAUGUGAACCUUUACGACCUUGGAGGUGGCCGAACGAUACGUGCUAUCUGGCAAACAUACUUUGGUGAACUUCACGGCGUUAUCUACGUAGUGGACGCCACCGCUGCUGAACGAUUACUGGAGUGCAAAACAGUUCUACGAAAACUAUUGGCCCAUCCAUCCAUCUCAGGCAAACCGGUGCUUUUACUAGCUAAUAAGAGAGAUGCAACUAACGCUCUAGAUGAGUCAGAGCUGAUUGAGGCACUACAGUUGGACGACUUAGUGAAUGAAUUCCACUGUCCUUGCAGAUUGGAAUGCUGUUGUGCUCUACCAAAGCCUGGACGGAGGUUGGAUAAAUCCAUUCGAUUGGGAUUACAAUGGCUGUUGGCAUACAUUGCAUCUGAUUUGACUAACCUAGAUGCGAGGAUAAGCACAGAUUUGGCAAAGCAAGCCGGGGAGCGAUCAACCGCAAGUGGCGCUCUUCAAGACCUCUCUUAUUUGACACAUGAGAAACGCAAACGAUUGGGUGUACAGGAACGGAAUACCGAGGACCAAAGUGGUGACUUAACUCCACACACCAACCAUGAAGAUGUCAGUGACUUGGAGGAAACGUACGCAGUGAAGGAAAAUAGAAUGCAUCAAAUGAGCAUUCACUCCGAGAGAAAAGUAAGCGUCUCAGAUGUUCAAAGUAAGGAAUACGAAUCAUCGAGAAGACUAUCUUCUGCCUCACUUCCACCGAAACCAGAGUCAUUUAUGAAGGAGAACAGAAUCUCCCCUCAGCGAAGUUAUGCUGAAUUCGUUAAUGGCAUUGGGGUGGCAGUUCGUUAUCCCAAGUUUGAAAAGAUAUGGCAAAAAGUACAGCUUAUUCCCAAUGUGGAACGGGCGCCCGAUAGAAAGCGAUCAGUUACCAAUCAGUCGGAUAACAUCAAAAUUGAAGAGCUGGAUGGAUUUGAUGAAGUAAUCCAAGAACUCUGCAGGAACAUAUCUCCACAUCAUAUGACAAGGGUCCACGCAAACGGCAUUCUCGAUGACCCCAAUCUGGAUAACACUGGGGAUAAAAUGUUUGCAGAGCUGAGCCAUGAACAAUCAAAAAUGGACGAUCACCCGACUUUUAAAGGAAUUACUAGCAUGUCCAACCUUGUUGCCUCCGCAGAGCAUCCUAAAUCAGCGGAGCAGGUGGUCGGUCUUAUUCCAUUGGUGGUGACGCCUUUAUACGGUCGGCUUCAGCGGGCAUUAUCUGAAACGUCGACCUCCGGUGCGCCGAACUCACAAUCCUUGAAAACCAAUUCACCACAACGCAAAGACGCAAACCCUCCAAGAGGACCAUCCCCACUUUCCCGCAUCUUUACACCGGGCAUUAAUAAGCUACAUCCAGCGGAUCACGAUUCCCGUGAGAGAAAGUAACUGACUGCUCUCCAUACAAAUUUGGCGAACUUCCAGAUGAAAUUUUCAACUGCUUCCUUUUUAAGAUUUCAUCACCUGCGGGGUUAAAAUCAGGAAGCUGACGGCAAUCUUGAGCACUCCAUAUUACGCAGUUUUGUGUAAAUUACCGUGAGGUCACUCAAGCAGUCGCACUGGUCACUGGGAAGUGAACGGGACAAAGUUGUAACUCGCUAAUUGAUGAUUUGGAUCUGAGUUAAUCGACUGAUUUAAGGUAUCUUCUUACUGAGUCUACAAGCUUUGUAUUAAAGAAAACUUAUUUCUUGCAUUGACCAAAGUCAUUUAUAUACCUUUUCCAUAAAAGCACCUAGAAAAUGCGACAUUGUAUUUGUAGUAUGCACAAAUAUGCUGUUUAUUAGGGCCGAUCAACAUGGAAAAUGUGGUUUCUGCAUACGUAACUCAUGAUUUGGAGGCAUUGAUUUUACAGUUAAAUAAAAGUAACCGAUAGCAACCCAAAUACUUUAAUUUUAGGUCAUUUAAAACAGUAAAGCUAAUGAUAUGGUAACUGCUUCUGCCGUCCGGGACGGUUGUAAGAUUUUCACGCCUCCCCCAGCAGUUGUAAGUCCUUAAACCCUCACAACUGUGAACAACGCUUCAAUACUUCGUUCCAUAGAACAACAAUCAAAGAUCUAAUUUGUGGGUGCUGCUGUAACUGCAGUCAUUUUUAUUGUUGUAAUACGUGUGUAUAACAUUUACAAAUACACUUUUCGGGAUUU